AUGCCACCAAUUCGCAAGAAAGAUCCCUUAAAAUCUGCUCAGAUAGAGGGAAAGAUCCAGUUAGCUAUUUCUGAUUUGAAAAAUGGAAGAAUUUCCAAUAUUCGUGAAGCUACAAGGAUUUAUGAUAUUCCUCGUACGACUCUCCGAGAUCGACUCAAAGGCAUUGAAUAUAAAGGUGAAAAGCGCGCCAACCACCAUAAAUUGACUCAAUCUGAGGAGGAUUCACUUGUCAAAUGGGUUCUUGAUUUAGAUCGACGUGGAUUACCUCCCCGACAUUCUCUUGUACGAGAAAUGGUCAAUUAUCUUCUACAACAACAUGGAAAAUCACAAGUUGGAAAAACUGGGAAAUAUAACUAUGAACGUGCCAAAUGUGAAGAUCCAAAGAUAAUUCAAGAACAUUUUGACCGCGUACGAGCUGCUAUAUCUGAGUAUGGAAUCUUACCAGAAGAUAUCUAUAACUUUGAUGAGACUGGCUUUGCUAUGGGACUCUGUGCAUCUGCGAAGGUUAUUACUGGAAGCGAUCGAUAUGCUCAGCCAAAGCUUUUACAGCCUGGAAAUCGAGAAUGGGUGACUGCAAUUGAAGCAACAAAUUCAACUGGUUGGGCGUUACCUUCGUACAUUAUUUUCAAAGCAAAGAAAAACGUACGAUUAGGUUGGUUUGAGGAUCUUCCAGAUGAUUGGAGAAUCAAUAUUAGCGAUAAUGGUUGGACAACAGAUCAAAUAGGAUUAGAAUGGCUUAAAACCCAUUUUAUUCCUAAUAUUAAUGAUCGUACAAUGGGAAAAUACCGAAUGUUGAUUCUUGAUGGCCAUGGAAGCCAUUUGACUCCAGAAUUUGAUCGUACAUGCACUGAGAAUAAUAUUAUUCCAAUCUGCAUGCCACCUCAUUCUUCGCAUCUAUUACAGCCUCUUGAUGUUGGCUGUUUUGCAGUUUUAAAACGGUAUUAUGGGCAGGUUGUUGAGCAACGAAUGAGGCUUGGAUUCAAUCAUAUCGACAAAAUGGACUUUUUAACAGCAUUUCCACAGGCUCGUACAGUGGCAUAUAAAGCUCAAUCUAUUCAGAAUAGCUUCGCAGCCACUGGAUUAGUGCCUUUCAAUCCAGAUCGAGUUCUUCAAUAUCUUAAUAUUCAAUUGAAGACUCCAACCCCCCCUCCAAGUCGAUCAAGCAAUACAGCAUCAUCCUGCUUACAAACACCUCAAAAUAUACGCCAAUUUGUACGCCAGUCAACUACAAUCAAUAAACAUAUAAAUGAGCGCACAGGAAAUCAGAAUCAAGAAAUCAAUCAGGCAGUUAUACGGUUGUCAAAAGCCUACGAAAUACUAGCGAAUGAUACUUUACUCGUACGGAAAGAAAACCAUGAUUUACGAGCUGCGAAUGAAAAAGAGAAGCAAAAACGCCAAAAAUCUAAGAAACAGAUAUCUAUUGAGCAUGGGAUUACUAGUGAAGAAGCUCAAGCGCUUGUACAAGGUCAGGUUGAGCCGGAGCUCCCAGCUUCUCAAGCAGUCGUACGCCGCCAAUUUCGCUGCAGUGGUUGUGGUGUUGAAGGGCAUAAAAUUAAUCGAUGUCCUAAUCGUACUACUAAUUAA